GAGGACUUCCUGCUCUACAACAUGCUGGACAACAUGAGCCCGCCCACCUGUGACAUCAGUACGGAGGGAGGACUGCAGGUUGCACACACCUGUGAGGUCAGUACGCUGUUUGAGGAGGAAGAAGAGGGGGAGGAGAAGGAGGAGGAGGGGGGGGGCUCCAUCUUCCGUCUGCAGGGGGGCUCAGUGGAUCUUUCUUGUCCCAUCAACCCCCCCGCCACCAAGGAGGAGAUGGCUCAGUCUGCUCACCUCAUGACUCUCGGACUCUGUCGCAUCUCAGCCGCCAGACAUCCUCCCCCUCCUUCCCCCACCCAACCCCUUCCUCCCCCCGAACGCCCCCCCCAUGUGUCCCAGGCCAACAGGAAGCGGUGCAAGACAAACAGUCGACAGAUGAGGACUCCGCUGCCAUGUCUCCUUUGUCCUGUGAUGCUUUCGUCCAGGCGGCUGCUGGACGUCCACGUCCAGUCCCACCGAGCAGCCGGUGGCUUCAGCUGCGUCCGCUGCAGCUGGAUGGCCAACAGCUGGGAUGACCUAGAACCUCAUUGGACAAGCCAUUGCAGUAGGAAAAGGAGGAAGGAAGAGGCGGAGGGGGAGAAAGAGGCGGAGGGGGAGAAAGAGGCGGCGGCGGAGGCAGCAUUGAGUUGUCCUGUCUCUCUGAGGACGUUCAGGAAUGUUGCAUCACAAAACAGUAGUCCCCACAGUAACAGCUCAGGCAGAUGGAAGAGCCAGCUGAUUGGACAAGCAGGAGGGGAGGAGGCGGAGCUUACAGACAGACAGACACCUGGCAGCCAAUCAGACACCAACCUAAGUGUGAUGGUUCCUGGUCUGACUGGUAGGCGACAGCCUGGCUCACUGCAGAGCACCACCAGUACCACCAACAACAACAAGAAGAAGACCAGGAGAAAGAAAAAGAAAGAAAAAGAUAAAGAGGAGGCUACGGAGACGGGUUUCUGCUGCUCACUAUGUCACAGGAAGUUCUCCUCUAAACUGACUCUGAGGCGUCACCUGGGAGUCCACGGAGGAGAGAGACCAUUCACCUGUCCACAAUGUUCAUACAGCAGCCGACUGAGGGCCUCGCUGCUGCAACACCUGAGGACGCACACAGGUGAGAAGCCGCACAGGUGUGGUCAGUGUCCGUACGCCUCAAUCGAUCGCAGCUCUCUGAUCAGACACAGUCGAACUCACAGUCAAGAGAAACCCCACAGAUGUACACACUGUGACUACAGCAGCAUCCAGAAGAAGAGUUUGGACCUCCACGCCCGUCGUCACCACACAGGUGAGGCAUUUCCAUGCGGAGAGUGUGUAUACUCAAGCCCGGACCGUCAACUCCUGCUCAGACAUGUUCGCAGACACCAUGCCCCCUUGCAGCACGCUGCUCUGUGAAUUCCAAGCGCUCUGAUUGGACUGUUAGCUUGUGAGCGGAACUACACUGAUGAUGUCACAGUCAGACUUUAACAAAGUUUUUAUUGAUAACGAAAAUAAAAUGUAAAAAAUGAAUCAGUGUGUGAGUGAGUCAGUGUCUAGAGUGACUCAUGUUAUAACUCAUCCCGGCUGCAGACGCCCGGCGUUCACACUAUGAUGAUGAUGUGACAGCGUGGGCGGAACCCCGUCAUCCUGCUGAGUUUUAGGAAGUGGAUUA